CCUGUCACCCUGAGGUGCAGGGGACAGCCUGGGGCUGCUGGGUACAGGCUGAUGAAAGGAGAAAAUGUGAUUGAGAAUAAGCCUGGAGCUGGGGCAGAGGCCGGGUUCAACAUCUCCUCCAUGACAUAUGACACUGCAGGGCAUUACCGCUGCCUCUACUGGAUCAGGUCUGCCGUGUCAGAGCCCAGUGAGCCCCUGGAGCUGGUGGCGACAGGCUACUACGAGAAGCCCCGGCUGUCAGCAGAGCCAAGCGGAGAAGCGGCCCGGGGGCAGAACGUGACCCUCCACUGUCGCUCCUACCCAGGAUAUGACGGUUUUGUGCUCUACAGAGAGGGAGGGGCCAACAGCUCCCAGUGGGGGGACCCGCAGUCUCAGGGCGACUUCCUCAUCCCAGCUGUGGCCGCCCUUCAUGAGGGCAUUUACCGCUGCUACGUGUUUCACAGUCGAUAUCCGCAGGUGUGGUCGGACCCCAGUGACCCCCUGGAGCUCAGGCUCACAG